AUGCCAGGAUAUGCCGACAGCCCAUCGGAUUCCUCAAGUUCCGCUGCGGAAUGCCCCUGUUGCGUAUCGCCUCCCAUCCCAGACCUAGCGACCCUCGCCGAAGCCAUUCCAGACGGAGAACCUGGCACCCUGAGCCUUGUUACCCUGGAAGACCAGUUCCUGCGUACUGUAGUCAACCAGCCAGCAACUGAGUCCACCACCCAAGUCAUAUCCAUUGUGCCGCGAGACCAACGGUCUUCUUCGUAUUGGCCACUGGUGACCUUGCUCUGUCACCGGACGUUCGCUACAUAUGGGGACCAAACUAGCAUCCGGAACUUCAGUGUUUCCUACCAUACGAAGUUCGAGCCUGGCGAUGUUUUGAGAGCAGUCUGCCGGAAGGUUACUCAAAGAAGACUGACCUGGCUUAAAGCCACAGUGACUCGAAACGACGUGCUGGCUGCCAACGCAUCGGCUUUAUACGAUGAGAUUCAUCCUGAAUCUGUGAACAAUGAAGAGGCUCCGGAGAUUAGAAACUCUGCAACUCAAAGUGACCAUUAG